CUUCUCCUCAAAACUACAAUUAAUAGUUCUUCUUCCAUUCUCUCUUCAUUAGCCCUUUCAAAUCUCAACCAUGCCUGAUCUCCGACGUGGGUUCUCCGAUAACUAUAGCUAUUCAACGGAUUACAGCAUCCGGGCUCGAAGAACAGCUCAAAACUACCAGAAUUAUGGGUAUUUUGAUGGAGGUGGGAUUGAAUUUAGAGCAAUUACAGAAGGAGAAGAUGAAUCUGGACCACCAUCACCAACACUAUGGAACACAAGCCCGUCUAGAAUUCCUGAAGCAGAGGCUUCACUUCUCCACCACAACAGUCUUUCUCCGACAUCUCGGAGACUUGCAAUCGCCCGAGGCCGAAGGGAGAUCAUGGAGAUGAUUCGAAACAUUCCAGAAUCUUCUUAUGAGCUCUCCUUGCAAGACCUUGUGGAGAAGCCAUAUGUGCAGGCUAGUGUAGAUAAGAAGACUAGUAGUGAUCCAAAGAUACAGAGUGAGAGACCAAAGAGGAAGAAGAGUCAGGAAAGAAAUAAGAGGCCGAUUGGGAGAAGUGUGAGCAUGGAAACUGCUGAACCUGUCCUGCUUAAGAUGUUCUUCCCAUCUUCUUUGGGGUUGAAGAAGAAGAGCUUGUCAAUGGGUACAGAUUCUAAAAUCCCACCCAAGUCUCCAAAGUUGGAGACACAACAGAAAGAUGUAGAUAAAGAGUGGUGGAAAAAACGGUACUCAUUUUCAGGGGACAGUCAUACCGGUGUAACAAAAAGCAAUAACAAUGGAAGCACUGGUAGCAGUGGAAGCAGCAGCAGUGGAGGCAGCAGAAGAAGAAGCAAAAUUGGUCGGUUAGCUCAUUGCUGGUCUUGCUUCCAAACCAAAGACAAGACCUUAUGACUGAAAGGCUCCUUCCUCUUUUGAAUGAAACACCACCAAACAGAAGUGUUUUUGUAAUUAUCUCCCUAAUAUUACUUACAAUAGCAGAUCAGAGGUCUGUACUUAGUCACUAUUUCAGUUAGUUUUCUUCAAUUACCUCGUCUCAUUUUCCCACUAUCUGGUGAGAGAUGAGU